GAGUUUAUCCAAUCUGACUGCGUUAUCACAGCUACCCGGAUUGGAGUAUUCGUAUAAUCAACUGGAACAACUCGAAGCGUUGCGAAAUCGUACUAUUAUGGAGGAAAAUCAUAAACAUCUUAUGAAUUCACGAGGUAUAUUUCCACACCUAUUAAAUUACAGCAGCAUGAAAUCAGAGGAUGGCAGCCCACCGCCAUCUUUCGACACGACUAGUCCACUAAAUGCAAUAAUGGCCCAAACCUUCAACGCUCAACGUGAUUCGCAGUCUUUACUAACCAAAUCCCAGACCCAAAUCGACUACUCCAAAUACGUGAAGAAAUUCUCGUCCUCCAUGGAAUGCGGUAGUCCCUACUGCAAGGAACUAAACUACCGCGAGCAUUUCCAUUGCCUCGAUUGCAAUUCACGCGUGUUUCUGAAGAAGGAAGAAAUGAUCCGCCAUUUUAAAUGGCACAAGAAACGCGACGAGUCUCUCCAACAUGGUUUCAUGCGUUAUUCCCCCCUGGAUGAUUGCUCGGACCGCUAUGGUAACUGUUGCACACACAACAAGAAACAAACACACUAUCACUGCAUCAAAGAGGGUUGUGACAAAGUCUACAUCUCCACAUCCGAUGUCCAAAUGCACGCCAAUUACCAUCGCAAGGAUUCCGCAAUCAUCCAAGAGGGAUUCCAACGUUUCCGAGCCACCGAGGAAUGCGGUGCUGCAUAUUGCGCCUUCUUUGGUCAAAGGACCACACAUUUCCACUGCAGACGCUCGAAUUGUCGAUACACUUUCAAAAACAAAUCCGACAUGGAGAAGCACAAGACCUAUCACAUCAAGGAUGAACAAUUGAGUCGUGAUGGAUUCAAGAAGUUCAUGAAGAACGAAGCGUGUCCUUAUGAAUCGUGCAGGUUUUCGAAAGUAUGCAACCAUAUUCACUGCAUUCGGCCACAGUGUAACUACGUGCUACACAGUUCAGGACAAUUGUUCUCACAUAAACGAAAGCACGAGAGGAAGGACUCAGAAUUAGCUUACAGAAAGUAUAAGUUAGCGCAGAGCAUGAUGAAGAGUUUGUCUGAUGCAGGCAGUACAAGUUUUCCUUCUGAUUUUGACGCGGUUAAUAUGAACGCAUUCGCCAUGGGAAUGGGUUCGAAUACUUCAGAAUCUUUAAGUGAGAGGAAUUCUCCGAUUUCUUAUGAUGAGGAUAACAGUGCUAUGGACCUAACUGCGGGUGAGAGCAACUUUGAUGAGGCUAGUUUAAACUGGGCGACACAUUCUGAAGAGAUUUGGAGGAAAUAUUGUCAGUUAUACAGUGGGAAUGAGAAUUGUGGAUGUGAAUAUGUUAACACUGAACAUUAUCACUGCAAUGGCGAGCUUUGCGAGAUGACUUUCAGUUCCAAGGAAGCCGCCAGGGAGCACGCAAGACAACAUGAUCAACAGGAACAGGUCACAGAGAUGUUCUUCACUUUGACUUGUGAAGAUCCAACCACCUGUCCAUAUCAAGCCAAAGACAAGCACUACCACUGCACGUUGGAACACUGCCGUGAAGUGAUCCUCCCUCAAGACAAGACUUUCCGUCGUUUAGAACACUACAAAAUGCAUGAAUAUUCGAAGAAGUUAUCCCUUACCAAAGACCCGCUUACAAUGACCCAUCUCACCACUUCCAUUGAUGGUAUGUUCGCAAGGAAACGCGGACGUCCUCCCAAGAAUCGUGUGAUUGAGGUCUGGAACAAUGACUAUCAAAACACCGGGCAGAAUAUCAUGGAUUCCCCACAGGCGAUUUUCACUAGUUUCAAACUACCGAAACCCUCUUCCACAUCAACACCUACCAUGAACAACAAAGAGGAUGAUUCGGAUGAAAGAUCCACAAGUCCCAAAUCCCCAAAGAGUGGUUUCAUUGAUGGUGUUAAUCUUCAAGUGCAAGGAUUUGAUGUUUUCCCUGAGAAUUCCAAGUGUCCGGAUAUGAUGUGCCCAUACAUGGGUUCCAUGCAUUAUCACUGCGUACAGAAUCGUUGUAUGUAUGUCACUGAUAAAGAAGAAACCCUUGUAACCCAUAGUAAAGACUUCCAUGAUAAUCCCGACAUUUUGGAAGGUUAUGAAUUCUUCGAGAAAGGAACUGAUUGUAGACUUGCAAGCUGUCAACACAAAAUGGAGCGCCAUUUUCAUUGCACUCGCGGCGAUUGUAAUUACACAUUCGUCAAAUAUUCUACGUUGUCUCUUCAUAGUUUAGUGCAUCAACCGUGGGACAUGCAGCAACAGGAACAGAAUCUCAAACAACAAUUCAAGAACGAAGCAGAGGACAUGGUUACCACCUCGAAUAUUGUGCGUGAUGAUCGUGAUAAGACGCAGGAGAAAGUUUCCGUGGUGAAAGCUUCGGGGACUUUCUAUCCUCUGUCGAGCAUUGCACAGCCCGCGCCCGCCACCGUGCACGAGCGCAAAUCGCCCGACGUUAGUAAGAGCACAGAUUCUAAUGAUAUCUCCGGGAGUAAUACUCUUUACGGGCCUGAGUCGAGUUGCUCGCGGCCAUUUUGUAAACUCAAGCGGAAGUUCCACUACCAUUGCAAUGCUUGUAACCAAGCUUUCUCUGAGAUUGAUCGUCUUGUUGUCCACGUGGCGAAACACUCCACAGGAGUGCUUUCUGGUCAAACGUUUCAUGCUGAAGAUAACAACAAUCGUAAUGUGACACCUUCCCCACCUCCCACAGCUUCCAAAAGUCCUAAGAUUCAAGUAGCUCCGCUUCAAAGUCUACAAAAUCCUACAACUCCACAAAUCAAAGAAGAACCUUCCAAUGGAGGUUACCUUCAACAACAAUUCGAAGCCUAUCAACACUUCGGUAACUUCCCAGCUAAUCUGCAAUUUGCUCUCAUGCAACAACAGCAGUUCCUCCCGCAGUCAUACGCUGCAGCUGCGGCGUUAUCAUCCCAACAGUUGAUGUUCCAACAUCAAGCUAUGAUGCAGAAUCCUUUGUACGGUGAUAACAUGAGUCCCCUGGCUGCAAUGGCCGCCAAUUUGAAUAAACGUGCUUUGGAAGGUGCUCAAGAUAUGUCCCCCGAAGCCAAAAAAGCACGCAUUCAAUCCUCGAUGAGAAUUUUAAAGGAUGAACCUGUACCUGAAGGUUAUCUAAGGUUUAGGUUCAACGAAGACUGUCAAUAUCAACAUUGCGGGUACCGUGAGCAUCAGACGCACUUCCACUGCCAGCGCAUGGACUGCGGGUACAGCUUCUGUGAUAAAACUCGAUUUGUCCAGCAUACGGCCCGUCAUGAAAGGUUAGACACACUCAUGGGUGGUGAUUUCCAGCAGUAUCGAGCGAAUGUCAGCUGUGGAAGACCUGAUUGUGCAUAUACAGCUCAUUUAGGAUCUACCCAAAACAAAGCAUCGCAUUUCCAUUGUCUCAAAUGCGAUUUUGUCUGCACUGACACAAACAAAGUGGUGGCGCAUCGACGACAGCAUCAGAAACUGGAUUCGAUCCAAGCCGCUGGUUUCGAGAAGUUCACUCCUUCGCAACAAUGCAGAUCGACAACGUGUCAACACAGUGGCAAACAAACUCAUUACCAUUGUUUGCAGUGUCAGUACGCCGUCUUGGGCUUGGCUCAAAUGUCAGCACACAAGUAUCGACACAUGGAAGGAUAAACUUAGUAAUAACGAAGACUUUGUACAUAGUAUAAACUUUUAGACGUUUAAAUCAUAGCUUAUUUAAUUAAUAUAUAAAACGAGUGAUAUUCAAACUAAAAUUGAAGAAAAACAAUAACUAACGCUAAAGAGAGUCAAGAAAUCCGUGGAUUUAAAAUAUUCAGACUAUGAUGAAAGCGAGGAAUGUAUACCUCAUAGUUGUAAAAUGAUUCGCUUCUAGAAGCAAUCCAAUUGUACAUAACCUAGAAGGAUAACCUAGACAUUAAUUUAUAUCUACACAUAUUCUACACACCAAGUCAUGAAGCAUGUUCGAAGACACAUCGUACAAAACAUUAUUUUUUUUUGGUUUAGUUUUUUGAUUUAAUCACGAAAUUUUUAAUUUCUCUAAAUCUUUCAAAUCGUACUAUUAUCCAAUUAUUUUUAGGUUAUUUUAUUCGUAAAAUUCAUAACACAGGGUGUUUUUUUUUUGUUUGUUUUGCUUUAUAGAUUCUAGUUGAUUGUACAUUAUUUAUUGACGCACACACUCGAAACGAAAUAAAACAUAUAAAUUAUUAAGGAACAUUGUUCGCAUUGAGAUUAUCAAAUAUUUAUAUAAUAUUAUAUGAUAGAGAGAAAUUAUCUAGAUUGUAGCGGUUAGAAUUUAUAUAUUUCCGUGUUUUUGAACAUUAUUUGAUAGAAAUAUUUGACUGAUACGUAUACUAUUUAUGUAUAAUGAAACGCCCGGCGUUGAAUAUCGAAUAUAUCAACAGGAAACAAUAUCAGAGAUCGUUUCACUCGAUUUUUGUUGCGGGAAUUGUUUCAGAAGUUGAUUCGUUUACUUGUACGACAAAAGAAUCGCUUCUGAAUCUCUUCCUGAUGGUGGGAAAGUCAAGUGAAAAGUUUUGAUCAUCGAAACACUGAGUACAAGUUGACUAGCACACGUUUCUUUCUAGUACUAGUGCCUUAAACAAAAACAUACAAUAAUUACAUGAACAUGAGGCAUUUCUCUUAGAUUUAUUGGACGAUAUAUUUAUGAAUGUUUCGAUUUGAUGAUUUUGCGCUAUGAUUGAGGCAGGACGAUAUAGAAAUACCAUUCCAUAAAGUGCCAUAUGAUUAUUUACACAUGUUGGACAGUAUUGUGACAUUACGACUAAUUAACUAUGCGACAAUAACACCAAGGACACCAAGUACUCUUUUUACUUGAACGAGUUUUAGUUUAUAUAUGAUUUCAAAUCAGGUUUUUUUCUUCUCUUUUUUCUUUUGUUGUUUUUAUUGUAUAAAGUUGUACAUUUGUAUCAUUUUCAUGAUCAUGUGAAUCGAUAUGCCAUACUUUGUUUUUUAUGUACUGUACAAUAACCGAUUUCGAUUCUUUUGAGAGAAUUGGAUUGGUCUUAUUUUAAUUCUAUGUAUUUUACUCAGUUCACGAUGCGACAUAUUUGGCGACAUUCAAUUGGCGUUAUUUUAGUUGCUUUUUUUCGACAUUUUGUAGCUUUAUUCGUGUUUCUUUUCAUUGAUUUCAUUCUUUUUCGUUUGCUUUUUGUCCAUACAAUAUUAUGAUAAGUUUAUAAGUGUACAAUGUGUUUAUAGCUAGUCGUAACAUUUUUUGCAAGACUUUAAAAUAUACACUUUAAGCCAGCA